GGUGAGAGCAAACAAUUCCGCUUUUGCAUGUGGUCGGGAUUAUCAAUGUGAGUUCCUUUGCAGCCGUGCGUGUCAUGUGACUCGUUGACGCUUUAAUCUCGCCAAGUGCCUCUGCACCGGUGUCUUCUCUUCCAAAUUGCCAUGGCAACAAAUGAGCCUGCACCUUUGGGGGUGAACACAGGAACAAUUUGGGUUGUUGAUGAGCUCGCAUCAGGUGGAGAGCGGCAAGAAGAACAUCCGCCGUCAUCCAAUCGUCUCGCUCCUUUCUGGUCACCUGAUCAACCUCAGCAAGGUGCCUUCUCGUUUGAUGGAUCAGUGAAAGUCACCACCCCAGGACCUGUGUGUGUGUGUGCGUGUGUGUGUGUGUGUGUGUGUGUAUACACACGCCCCCAGCAGGUUAGCCCGUCCUGACCUCAUCCCAGGAGGAGACGCUUUCUUCAUCAUCCUCGCUCAUGAUGCUGAAGGGAAGCUGCAGCCUUGGACUGUGUGUGUGUGUGUGUGUGUGUGUGUGUGUGUGUGUGUGUGUGUGUGGGCGGUGCAGAGAAGGAAGUGGCUGAGAAGGUAGAAGAGCAGCGACCAACAGGAGCAGAUGUCAGAGGAGGCAAAGCAACAGAAGAAGCAGCAGAAAGCAUGGCUUUGUGACAUCAUGGCCGAGGAGCCGACCACGCCCCCUCCCAUGACCACGCCUCCUCGCAAGGCUUCAGUUCGCCUGCAGGAAAGGCGGGGCUCCUACCUCUCGCUGCUGGUGGAUGUCAGCAGCCUGGGGGCGGAGCCUCUGUGCGCAGUCACCACCCCCAAAGAGGUGUGGCUUCAGCUGCUCCACACGUCCUCCCGACCGCUCACUCACCAGCUCCUGCAGCAGGCGGCUGCCGACGCACACGCCCUCCAUGCCGAGUACCAGGGCAUCCCUCCAAACUUUGUCAGCACGUCAGAUCUGGACGUUCCUGGACACGCCAUCAAGGACAGAUACCGAAGCAUCCUGCCCAACCCUGAGAGUCGUGUCAUCUUGACCUGUACAGAGGAAGAGGGGGGGCCAGACCGCUACAUCAAUGCCAACUACAUCCGGGGUUACGGAGGCGCUCCGAGGGCCUACAUCGCCACUCAGGGGCCGAUGGUGCACACGGUGGGGGACUUCUGGGACAUGGUGUGGCAGGAGAGGAGCCGGGUCAUCGUCAUGGUGACGAGGCUGAAGGAGGCCAACGAGAAGUGUGAGCGGUAUUGGCCGCACACCAGCCACAGGGCGGGUGGGAGGGAGCGCGACGAAGAAGAGGAGGCGGCGCCAACGGAGGAAGUGACGGAUCAGUUUGGACGAUUUCGACUGCGAGUCACAGACACUCAAGACAAAGACGGCUUCACUGUCACUGACAUGGAGAUAGAGCUGUGUCGGGAGCGUCGUCCUGUCAGACACUACUGGUUCACGUCCUGGCCCGACCACCACGUCCCACAAUGCACCGCUCCUCUGCUGCGCCUGGUGGAGGAGGUGGAGUCCUACAGCGAGGCCCUCAGAGCCGCCGUCCUUCCCCAGCUCGGACCCAUCAUCGUCCACUGCAGCGCCGGCGUCGGGAGGACGGGCUGUUUCAUCGCCAGCAGCGUCGGCUGCCGGCAGCUGCACCAAACGGGUCGGGUGGACGUUCUGGAGACGGUGUGUCGGCUCCGGCUGGACAGGGGGGGCAUGAUCCAAACCCCGGAGCAGUACCAGUUCCUCUACACGGCCCUGGCUCGGUUCAGCUCCCAGCUACAACAGCAGCAGGAUCAAGACAAUCAGAAGCACUUGGAACAUCAGGUGAGUGAAGGGCUUCAAAACCUCCAACUGGACGCCCAGAGUGACAGACGGAAAGAACCCGGAGAACCUUUGAAGAACCUCAGGCCAGUAGAAGCCCACACAGACCAGACACUGACUGCCUCUUGAAUCUCAAGUAGUAGUCUUCACUGAAAGUCAAGAACUUUGCCAGAAAAUGUGUCGAAAAUAGUGUCAAACUCUGCUUGGUUUUACUGUUUAGUCCUGGGGUGUCCGGACUUUCCACUGAGGGCCACACACUGACUAAUCAAAGCAUGCGGGGGCCUUUUUUUUUUAACCCUAAGGGCUCCCCUCAAGUUUGGUCCCGGGUCUCCGUCAUAAUUUUUUUUUUAACUUUUUCUUUUUUUUAUGGAUUAAUUUUGGUUUAUUUAAAGGAGCUAUAUGUAAUAAUAUGACCCGAAAUGGUACUGCAAUCACGGCCCAAAUUCUGUAGUCCUCUCUCCCUGACUGAGGUUGCCAGUUCACUAUAAUCAACACAUUUUACACAGAAAUGAGGCUAUUUUCAAUACGUCAUGCCUGCGUACAAUAUCACAACAAUCAUAUGUAUGGUUAUUGUCAGUACUAUCAGGAAAAAAAAGACUACAGCCAACGCUAGCAAUGGUUAUACUGGUGAAAAUAAGUAGAGCAUGUGGGGGGGCAUUUUGAUAUUUUUCUAGAUUUUUUUCAACCCUGAGGGCUCCCCUCAAGUCUGGUCUCAGUCAUAAAAAUGUUUAAAAAAUGUAUUUUUAUUUUUAUUGGUUUAUUUAAAGGAGCCAUAUUUAAUAAUGUGGCCAGAAAUGGUACUGCAAUUACGGUCCAAAUUCUGUAGGUUGCUCGAUACGCAGCCGAAUCCAGCUCGCUAUAAUCAACACAUUUUACACAGAAAUUAGGCUAUUUUCAGUACGUCCUGCCUGCGUACAAUAUCACAACAAUCAUAUGUAUGGUUAUUGUCAGUACUAUCAGAAAAAAAAGACUACAACCAACGCUAGCAAUGGUUAUACUGGUGAAAAUAAGUAGAGCAUGCGGGUGGGCAUUUUGAUAUUUUUCUAGAUUUUUUUCAACCCUGAGGGCUCCCCUCAAGUCUGGUCUCAGUCAUAAAAAUGUUUAAAAAAUGUAUUUUUAUUUUUAUUGGUUUAUUUAAAGGAGCCAUAUGUAAUAAUGUGGCCAGAAAUGGUACUGCAAUUACGGUCCAAAUUCUGUAGGUUGCCAGAUACGCAGCCGAAUCCAGCUCGCUAUAAUCAACACAUUUUACACAGCAAUGAGGCUAUUAUCAGGAAGAAGUACGUCAUGCCUGCGUACAAUAUCACAACAAUCAUAUAUAUGGUUAUUAGGGCUGCGAGUCUUUGGGUGUCCCACGAUUCGAUUCAAUAUCGAUUCUCGGGGUCACGAUUCGAUUAUAAAUCGAUUUUUUUUUUUUCCGAUUCAACGCGAUUCUCGAUUCAAAAACUAUAUUUUCCCGAUUCAAAAGGAUUCUCUAUUCAUUCAAUACAUAGGAUUUCAGCAGGAUCUACCCCAGUCUGCUGACAUGCAAGCAGAGUAGUAGAUUUUUGUAAAAAGCUUUUAUAAUUGUAAAGGACAAUGUUUUAUCAACUGAUUGCAAUAAUGUAAAUUUGUUUUAACUAUUAAAUGAACCAAAAAUAUGACUUAUUUUAUCUUGGUGAAAAUAUUGGACAGUGUGUUGUCAAGCUUAUGAGAUGCGAUGCAAGUGUAAGCCACUGUGACACUAUUGUUCUUUUUUUUUUUAUAAAUGUCUAAUGAUAAUGUCAUUGAGGGAUCUUUAAUCACUGCUAUGUUGAAAUUUUAACUAAUAUUGAUACUGUUGUUGAUAAUAUUCAUUUUUGUUUCACUACUUUUGGAUUGUUCUGUGUCGUGUUUGUGUCUCCUCUCAAUUGCUCUGUUUAUUGCAGUUCUGAGUGUUGCUGGGUCGGUUUUUGAAUUGGAUUGCAUUGUUAUGGUAUU